CACUCGUCACUCGGACUGCGAUCGCUGAUUGCUCGCGCCGCAAACCGGAGAUCGCAGCAGGCCAUUCGCAGUACGAGACGCGAUUCGGUGCCCUACACAUCGCCUAAGUGCUCGGCGUCGUGGGUAAAAAUAAAUAUAUAGAUUCCGUAAAUGAAAAUAACGCAGCGCGAGUGCAUAAAUAAACCGAAAACGUGUCUGUUAAUUGUGGCCGAAUCACCGAAGGCAGAGAUUGGGAAAUGGCAGCCAGCGAAGCGCCACCCUCAGGGGCGACGGUGGAGAUGCCACCGGCGAGGGAUUCGGAGGACGUGACCCUGGACGCCAUCCUGAAGCAUCUGGGCCAGUUCGGGCGCUUCCAGCUGAUCAUAUUCAUGCUGAUCUGCCUGCCGAUGAUGUUCCACGCCAUGUUCUCAGUCACAUACGUGUUUACCGCCGCCACAGUGACGCACAGGUGUAACGUCACAGAGUGUGAUUUCCCAGGGACCCCCUACUACGAUCCUCACACGGAGUGGAGCAUCCCCAAGAACGGCAGGGAUCUGGACGCCUGCAAUCGGUACACCAACUCCGAGCUGCCCCAGUGGAACCAGUCGGAGAAUAUUUGCCUGCCCAGACAUUUUACGAAUAUUUCGGAAGCCUGCCCUGACAAUAAAUUCGUAUACCGCGAUAAUGAAGUUACCAUUUCGAAUGACUUUGGCAUUUUCUGCGAUGAUGAGUGGAAGCUAUCAAUGGUCGGAACCAUAAAUAACCUGGGACAAUUUUUUGGCAUUCCCAUCGGCGGCUUUGUAGCAGAUCGAUAUGGACGCAGCUUCUCGAUCGCCCUGGGCGGGAUUUUGGGCGCUGUGCUGGGUGUUAUUCGCUCUUUCUCGCCGAGCUAUGCGUGGUUCCUGGUGUUCGAAUUUCUGGACAAUAUGACCAGCAGCACGCUGUACUCCACCUGCUUCGUGAUCGGCAUCGAGUUGGUGGGACCCAAGCGACGGGUGCUGGCCUGCAGCGUGAUUACGGUCUUCUACGCGGUGGGGGAAGUGGGGCUUGCCAUGGCCGCCAAGGCCUUCCCCAAUUGGCGCAUCCUACUGCGCAUCACCUACAUGCCCUCGCUGAUCCUGCUGGCCUACUUCUGGAUUCUGCCGGAGAGCGUCCGCUGGCUGCUCAGCCAAGGCAAGGAGGAACGGGCCAAGAACAUACUACGUCGCGCCGCCAGUGUCAACAAGCGCGAGCUGCCCGAAAGUAUGCUGGAUAAGCUCGUCCUGGCGAAUAGGGACAAGUUACAACAGUCGUCGGAGAGCCGCUUUCCCAUUCGCGAGGCCUUCAAGAACUUCAAGUGGCGCAUCGCCAACUGUUCCUUCUGUUGGAUUAUCCACGUUCUGGUCUACUACGGACUGAGCCUCAAUGUGGUGCUGCUCGACGGAAACAAGUACAACAACUUCGCCUACGUCGCCCUGGUGGAGAUCCCUGGCUUCUUCAUGCCCCUGGUUAUCAUGGACCGCUUCGGUAGGCGGUACUCCCUCUGCGGCUUGAUGCUGACCAGUGGUCUUUGCUGCAUCGGAACGAUCUUCGCCGGCGCUGAUCAGCCGGUGCUUCAGCUGGUGCUGUUUCUUGUUGGCAAACUUACAAUCACUGCCAGCUUUCAGGUGCUCUAUUUCUUCGCCUCGGAGAUCUACCCCACGAACCUGAGAAACAGCCUGCUCAGCUUCUGCUCGAUGAUGGGCAGGUUCGGCUCCAUGCUGGCCCCGCAAACGCCUCUUCUGGCCAAGUAUUAUGCCAGUGCUCCGGCCAUGCUAUUCGCGGGCGCCGCCAUAGUAAGCGGAUUGCUUACGCUUUUCUUCCCAGAGACCACCAACGUCGUUCUGCCCACUACAGUGCAAGAAGCGGAUGCCAUCGGAGUCAAGAAGAAACCGUCGCAGGGCAAGGAACUCGAUCUAGUCGGUGCGGCAAGUGAAACGCAGUAAUCAGUAAAAUAAUCAUAGUGUAAGGCAACCUGCAAAUACAAAGACAUUUCUGUUUAAAUGUGUUAUAACUUUAAGGAUAAAGAAUAAACCAUAAACAUCAUUUUUGUAGCAUUAACA